AUGUCGAUAAAAUCAUUCCCAGCACUAAUCUCUCGGCCAAUGACAUGGCUUCUCGGCCUCCACCAACAGGACUCAUUCCUCAACAUCCUCCGCAGCCAAACAUUUACUUACCCUGUAUCACGGGAAUUCUUAACAUCUACUUCGGCGCAGAUAGUUAAUCCUCGGGACCAUCGUGUUGCGACAGAUCAGGUGUCAACAACGUUGCCUGCCUCCUCUGUGGAGGGGUUAAAUGAUGAAGCUAUCCUCGCUCUAUUUACGACGGGGUUUUUCGGAGGUGUAAUUUUUGCCCCGGAGAGGGCUAUCCUGCGUAUGGGGGUUUGGAAAUGGUUGCCCGCACAUUAUUCUACAUUCAACAGUAAACAGCCCAAAAAUAUCAUUUGGAGGGUUUCAGAUAUCCCCAAAACGACCCUGGUUCCCAUCGAAGAUGUCCUCUUUGGCUCCUUCAAGGUUAUCGAUGCAAAGAUAAAAUCAACUUCUGAUCCAUCACCUAGCUAUGUUGAUUUUGGGUUUGGCUCGGACUCAGCUUCGUUCGCGGGUUGUCACCGUUUUUGUGUUAUUCGGAAUCCCGAGGAGACGAAGGAUGGUCCAAGUGAGGCAGAUAGUGGUGUUGAAAUUAGGCUUGAGCACUUCCGGUGUAAUCCGGUCAAAAAUGUUGACUCGUGGGCGGAGUAUAUUCCCUGGCUUCAUUAUUGGUAUGCGAAGUUGCUGUUCGCGGAUGGAAUUAGGAGUUUGCUUAGACGGUAA